AUGCCACGUAAGCUACGUAAGAAUAUACGUAAGAGGAAGGGAGCAUUGAAACAUCCAAAAGUAAAACUGACACCACAACAACAGUUGCAACAACAAAUGCUGAAUGACCCCACUAUGUUGCAACAAAUGUCAAGCAAUCCUAUGCUUUUAAACCGAGUCAUUGGUGCACAGAGUGGAGGUUUAAGAGCGGCACUUUUAGCGAAAAUGGCAGGCUAUGGUGGAGCUGCAGACGGAACA